AUGCCACUUUUAACCGUGGAGCUAACUAUAGGUCAAAUGUUUCAAGGAGGAGCAGUUGAAGCGUUUGGGAACCUGAAUCCCAGAUUACGGGGAGUAGGAGUAGCCACUGUUAUUGGAGGGUUUAUUGUAGCCGUAUACAAUGUUAUAGUGCUCGGCUGGAGUGGGAUUUACUUUGUUAAAAGUUUCGAUCCGAUCAACAACAAGGUGCCGUGGCAAGAUGAAGGGGUGGACAACUUUAUCUCUGAUUACGUUCUCAAGAACACUACAAUAUCAGACAGCAGCAUGGUUGUAAGUGGAAGAGUACUUCUUGCUGUGAUAAUCUGCUGGUUUCUCGUCUUCUUCUGUGUUUUCCGGUCACUCCGGAGCAUUGGGGCUGUGGUGAAGAUACUGGCUCCUUUACCAGUAGCAGUUCUUAUAGGAGUUACUGUUAGAGGAAGAUCUACCCUCCCUCAGAUACUUGCCCUACGACGCAUCCUAGAAGAGUGUAAAAUCGGAAAUCGAUCAGCAGCUAUCGUGUUCGUCGACUUUUCGAAAGCAUUCGACAGUAUCAACAGGGAUGCCUUGUUUCACAUCCUCUCCCUCUACGGCGUCCCUGCUCCCAUAACUGAUGCUAUCAGGCUCCUGUAUGACUCAUCGCACUCCAGAGUCAAAACCAUUGACGGCCUUACAGACUUCUUUAGAACACUCAUCGGGGUCCUUCAGGGUGAUACACUCGCUCCUUUCCUCUUCAUCAUCGUCCUCGAUUAUGUCCUUAGGAACUGCAUGACUCUUGACCAUGGCCUAACCAUCAUCCCCAGGCAAAGUCGGAGAGUACCUGCGGUCAGAGUCACAGAUCUUGACUUCGCUGACGACCUAGCCUUGACUGCCGAUACCAUAGAGCAAGUCCAGCAACUGCUCUCGGAUUUAGAGACUGCAGCAGCACAUGUCGGACUUGCGAUGAAUGCUUCCAAGACCGAAUACAUGACCAUCAACAUUCCUGAUGCUGCCCCCGUAAACUCAAUAUCCGGUUACCAGAUCAAGCAGGUUGAUGACUUCAAAUACUUGGGCUCAUAUAUUGCAGAGAGCAGGAAGGACUUCAACACCAGGAAAGGCAUGGCUUGGUCAGCCUGUAUCAAACUGCAGAAGGUAUGGACCUCUGGCAUUUCUGACCAGCUGAAAGUCAAGUUCUUCAGAGCAUGCAUCGAACCUGUUCUGCUGUAUGGCUCAGAAACCUGGACCUUGAACAAGCAGUUUGAGAAGCGUCUCGACGGGUGCUACACCAGGCUCCUAAUGAAAGCCAGGAAUCUUUCAUGGAAGAAGCAUCCAACCCUAAAGCAAAUCUAUGGUGACCUCCCUUCCAUCUCCACCAUCGUUGCUCAGAGACGUGCCAGAUUUGCUGGGCAUUGCAUGAGAGCUUCAGACCAGGUCAUCUCUACCAUCCUUCCUUGGCGGCUGCCACAGUUCAGGCGUGGGAGGAGACCACUCUCUUUUCUUGACACCGUAGCCAGGGACACAGGGUUGCGGGUAGAAGAUCUCCGAACAGUUAUGUGCGACAGAACUAUCUGGAGACGUAGAGUGGAGGAGAUUUCGAUCGAGCAUCGCCCAAAGUAA